CACCGCGGGCGGAAGUUGCGCGGCGCAGUGUGUGCGCAGGCUGGCACGGCUAAGGACGGGAGUCACCAGGCGUCUGCUGCUCAAAUAAAAAAACCCCAAAACAACACCCGUUGCGUCCAACAAACGACCAUUACAUCGGAAUAUGGAUGACGACGUGUUGACGACUCUGAAACUGUUGAUAAUAGGCGAGAGCGGAGUGGGGAAGUCCAGUCUUCUCCUGAGAUUCACCGAGGACACUUUCGACCCAGAACAGUCUGCUACAAUAGGUGUGGAUUUCAAAGUGAAGACACUAUCUAUUGAUGGGAACAAAGCAAAACUCGCCAUAUGGGACACAGCUGGUCAGGAAAGGUUUCGCACGUUAACACCCAGUUACUAUCGUGGCGCGCAGGGUGUCAUACUUGUAUAUGAUGUUACCAAGCGGGACACCUUCACCAAGCUGGAAAACUGGCUGAACGAACUGGAAACCUACACAACUCGCAAUGAUAUCGUCAAGAUGCUCGUUGGGAACAAGAUUGAUCGGGAUGACCAUGAAGUAGACCGCAAUGAAGGCCUGAAGUUUGCGAGAAAACACUCCAUGCUUUUUAUCGAGGCAAGCGCAAAGACCAAAGACGGCGUCCAGUGUGCCUUUGAGGAGCUCGUGGAGAAGAUCCUCCAGACCCCGGGCCUGUGGGAGAGUGAGAGCCAGGGACAGAAGCUGCGCCUGGGCAACCAGGAGCAAGGCGGCGGCCGGGCCUGCGGAGGGUACUGCUCCAUACCUUGAAAGCGGACACAAAAAAAAAAAAUAGCUGACAGACCAGAACCCAGAAAGGAGAGGAAUAAUGCGAGUGGUUAAAGACGUGGGACGGGGACGGGGACGGGGACGGACUCCUUGCACACGACACUUCUUUCUGUUUAGUUUGUAGUUUGAAAAUGGCGUGCACGUCUUAUUCUGACAUGACUUCACUGCACAAACAGUAUUGUUCAGUAAAGUAACAUGCACCAACCAUUUCUUCCUGCCUUCUGCGGCCAUGCUUGCUUCAAAUGUAGCUGCGCUUAAUACGGGGGACCCUUCCUUUCAACGCCACGGAAAAACACGGCGCGUAUUCCGAAAUAAGACAUUUCACACUUUGUACUGUCAAAGGAGCUUAACCAUGAAAUUAUUACGAAGAGAAUGUAUUGAUGUUCCCUUUUCUCCCUCACACAGUGAAUAAUCUCACCAUAAAUACACAGAAAAUGUUUACAGAACCAUACUUUCCAAUAGCCUUUAACAAUAUGUGCACCAAGGCUCUAUACUCGACUUAAAAAAAAAAGUAAUGUAUUAAAAGAUUCCGCAUUCUAAAUAUGCUUCAUUGCAUACGUGAGCGGUCUUGUUUUCCACCAAAUAAUACACACCUUCUCAUUCAAUGCAUUUUCUUCACUUUCAUGACUAUUUACAUCGGGCCUGGGCAAUUAUUUUGCCACAAGGGGGUCAAAUUCCGAGAAAAAAAUGUGUAUUUUUUUAGGAACACUAAUACAAAACCUCACAAUAAUGUCUGAUUGAAAGCUAAAAACGUUAUGACAGACCGCCUUAAAAUCAGAAUGAAAAUAAAAAUUUUUUUUUUACUGAAUGAGACUCCCAGAAGGGGGGAUUUACAAUAUAAUAUAUGAACGAUAAAACACUGAAUAUUGACAACAUAUGAAAAACCUCACAAUAAUGUCUAAAAACGUUAUGACAGACCGCCUUAAAAACUUUUACUGAAUGAGACACCCAGAAUUCUGGUUGCAUGGAGAUGGCCUAAAAACAGAUUUUAAAAAAUUGAUUAUUAAAAAAAUAUAUAUAUAUUUUUUUAAAUCAACUUUUGAAAACGAUGAAUCGAUUUAGAUUCGGGAUGAAGACGAAUCGCGAUUCAGGUGUGAAUUGAUUGUUUUGUGCACUCUUACAAAAUAUGACUCCGGUGUACAGUGUAACUAUAAAUUUAGCUAAAAUAAAACCCUAUUAAAUCCACCUACUAACGUUAGCAUGCUAAGAGGUAGCAUUUUUUCCAGUAACAAAAUGUUUUCCGCUGUGGUGUACGUAAUAUUAUUAAAAAAAAACACAACUUUAGAUUUUAAUUACAUUUUUUUAAAUUGACUUUUGAAAACUAAGAAUCGGGAUGAAGAUGAAUCGGGAUUCAGGUGUGAAUUGAUUUUUUUGUGGACCCUUACAAAAUAUGACUCUGGUGUACAGUAUAUCUAUAAAAUUAGCUUUAAAAAAAACCCUAUUAAGCUAACCUAACGUUAGCAUGCUAACAGGUAGCAUUUUAUCACGAUUCAGGUGUGAAUUUAGUUUUUUGUUCACCCUUACAAAAUAUGACUCUGGUGUACAGUAUACCUAUAAAAUUAGCUAAAAAAACCCCAACCUAUUAAGCUAACUUAACGUUAGCAUGCUAACAGGUAGCAUUUUAUCACGAUUCAGGUGUGAAUUUAGUUUUUUGUUCAACCUUACAAAAUAUGACUCUGGUGUACAGUAUACCUAUAAAAUUAGCUUAAAAAAAAUAAAAUAAAAUUAAGCUAACCUAAAGUUAGCAUGCUAACAGGUAGCAUUUUAUCACGAUUCAGGUGUGAAUUUAGUUUUUUGUUCACCCUUACAAAAUAUGACUCUGGUGUACAGUAUACCUAUAAAAUUAGCUAAAAAAUAAAAUUAAGCUAACCUAAAGUUAGCAUGCUAACAGGUAGCAUUUUAUCACGAUUCAGGUGUGAAUUUAGUUUUUUGUUCACCCUUACAAAAUAUGACUCUGGUGAACAGUAUACCUAUAAAAUUAGCUUAAAAAAAAAAAAAAAAUUAAGCUAACCUAAAGUUAGCAUGCUAACAGGUAGCAUUUUAUCACGAUUCAGGUGUGAAUUUAGUUUUUUGUUCACCCUUACAAAAUAUGACUCUGGUGUACAGUAUACCUAUAAAAUUAGCUAAAAAACAAACUAUUAAGCUAACUUACUAACGUUAGCAUGCUAAUAGGUAGCAUUUUUUCCAGUGCCGCUGUGGUGUAUACGUGCACAAUUUGCAAAAUGAUAAUAUUGGAAUGCUAAAAACUAUGAUCUAAUAGCGAAAUGGGCAUCAUUUGUAGUAAAUAUAUAUAUAUAUUUGCUAUAUAUAUAUAUAUAUGUACAUAUAUAUAUAUAGUAAAUAUAUAGCAAUAUCGUCAUUUCGUGUAAGUCUUUGUGUGUCAAUCAUGUCGUCCAUAUUUAUUCUGCAAUCUUUUUCCGUCAUAUAAAAUCAUUCCCACGCCGUGAAAAUGUUACCCUUCCCCCGCCCCGUUUAUCCUUUUUCACGCCACGUUUCAAUCAUAUUUCGCAAGACGUCGCCAUGACAACUGCCUUAACGAUGAAUGGUAUUUGCUGUAAUCGCAGUAUGGUCGAAAGAGAAAUAAAAUGACAGCGUCGACUAUUUUCUACUGUUAGUUUUCAAGGCCGCCGAUGAUCAAGAAGUGGGAGUGGGAGCGAGCUUUCCACAGUCACACUCUUCGGAGAAAAAUGUCCCGAAAAAACAAAAAAAGAAGGCAGAAAUAGGCCACAAGUGGAAAGAUCCUGUUAUUAAUAUUUAGUGCAAUCACUGCAGAUGUGUGAUUACAAGCUUAUGUUUGAUGCUCCACUCCAGUCUCGCAACAUUCCACACUUUUUUUUCCUACAUUAUCUGCAGUGUGUCGUUUCCACUCGUCACUGAGUGGGGAGAUCAUUUCGGUUCAUUUGUAAUUGUAAUGUUGUAAACACGUGUAAAGGUUUCUCUUUCAACUUUUAAGCAAUGUUUUUUUAUAUAUCGGAGCAAGAGGUCUGUAGAUAAAAAAAAAAAGAAAAAAAGAAGAGAUUCCUGGGUGGAUGUUGCUUGAUAGGAAAGGGGUUUGGAUUAUUUUGCAAUGUAGUCUGCUGAAAAUGAUGGAAAGCGCCGCUCGACGUAGAGACUGAUGCUGUGGUCAAAGUUGCAAUUGCUGCAAAACUUAAUUUAAAAAUAUUCAACACUCUACUGCACAGGUGUCUAGGGAUGAUGUUUGAUAAGGAAUUAUCGAGUUCGAGCCCAUUAUCGAAUCCUCUUAUCGAACCGAUUCCUUAUCGAUUCUCUUAUCGAAUCCAGAUAGGUUGUUGUAUAUGGGAAAAAAACACAAUAUUUGGUUUAACAAAAGCUCACUUUUAUUUUAUAAGAAAAAAAUAAAAUAAAUAAAUAAAUAUUGACUGUUACCCCCCUAAAAAAAUAAAAAAAAUAAAUAUUGACUGUUGUUACCCAAAGUAUAUUAAGUGGGAUUUUUCAGAAAAACAAAUAUAUACAGUAACACAAAAACAACCUGUCUCUGUGAUCACUAUAGGUGUAUAAAUAAUAAUAUAGUGUUAAAUAAAAUCAGUCCCUUGGGCACAAAACUGAAAAGAAUACAGCUCUCCAAAAAGUGCACUUCUGCUGCUAUUGGAACAUACUAACUACACACACUAUGACACUAAGAACCGAUUCCUUAUCGAUUCUCAUAUCGAUUCUCAUAUCGAUUCUCAUAUCGAAUCCAGAUAGGUUGUUGUAUAUGGAAAAAAACACAAUAUUUGGUUUAACAAAAGCUCACUUUUAUUAUAUAAGAAAAAAAUAAAUAAAUAAAUAUUGACUGUUACCCCCCUAAAAAUAUAUAUAUAUGUAUUGACUGUUGUUACCCAGAGUAUAUAAGUGGGAUUUUUCAGAAAAAUAAAUAUAUACAGUAACACAAAAACAACUUGUCUCUGUGAUUGCUAUAGGUGUAUAAAUAAUAAUAUAGUGUUAAAUAAAAUCAGUCCCUUGGGCACAAAACUGAAAAUAAUACAGUUCUCCAAAAAGUGCACUUCUGCUGCUAUUGGAACAUACUAACUACACACACUAUGACACUAAGAACACCACAGUCGUCAAUCAACAAUUCUUCCCUUACAUGAGAGCGAAGCCUGGCAAUAAUUGCAUAUUGCCUGUUCUGCCCUCACUAUACGUGUUGAGGUUAUACAGCUUGGCAGACAGCUAACAAACAAUCCAAAGCAGAUUAAUCCAUUUAGGCUCUUUAUUGUUGUUGAUCUUGCUUUGUCUUUUCCUAUCUUUACUUUUGUCUUGCACUGGACUGUUAUUUAAUUUAUUUUAAACUGAAAUACACACAAUGACAAAUGUAUAAGCUAUGGGAUUCAAUUAACAUACUGAAAUGUAAAUAUUAGCUUCACACAAAUAUACAGUACUAUCAUCAAACAAAUACUUCUGAGUGUUGAAACUAUUUCGAUGGUGGAAUUACACGACUGGCAGCCAUUUUAAGUCCUCAAAACAUCCAUUGAAACAGUGCACAAAAAUCGUUUUUCAAUAAACAUCUUACUAUCAAAUUGAAACACUUUCCACCUUAAUAUUGAGUUACAUAAACAAGUUAAACAGUUUACUUACAGACUUAUCUUUUCCAAGGCUUGUAAGAGCUAACACAACUUGUCUACUUCUCAAUUGUCUCAACCCGGAAGUGCCCAAAUUAAUGACGCGUAGUAUUUUCAUAUCGCCACAAGGUGUCAGUAAGAGUCUACAAUCAAAUGGGCAUAACAUUGUCGUCCCACAGGGCAUUUCCUGUGGGAAGGGAUUC